AUGCCCUACAGAGGCAAACCGUCGCCAGGAUGCGCAACCUGCAGACAGAGGAAGAUCAAGUGUGACCUCCGGCCAGGGGGCUGCGAGAAAUGCGAGAAGUCCGGGUGGAAGUGCGAGGGGUAUAGGGAUGUUGGGUUGUUGAUGUUUCAUGAUGAGAGCGAGGGGGUCAGGACGAAGGUGAGGAGUUCGCAGCAGAGGAGCAGGAGGGCAGCUGAACGGAGUAGUCCCGCUGGGAAGGGGGUUGUUGUUGUGGCGGCGCCGAGGGCGAUUGUGCCCAAGGCUGAGAAGAGGGUGUGGUCGUUGAGUGAUUCCGAGGAUACCAACACCGAGUCGAGUUCUGAGACGAGUCCGCCGGAGAUUGUGACGAUUUCGCCGAGUCUGGAUGAUUUGGCGGUGAAUUAUUUUCUGGAUAAGUAUGUGUUCAAGUACACGGAUCGCAGGGAGUUGUGGGAUAUUAAUGAGGGAAAUGGGUGUUUGCAUUCGAGUAUUCUGGCGUUGGGUCUGGCGGGGGCGACGAGGCAGACUGGUCAGGGGGAUACAUUUACGCAUCCAGCGGCGCGGAAGCAUUAUCUCACGGCUAUACAGCAGACGAAUCAGGCUCUGCGAUCUCCAGAUGAGGUGAAGAAGGACAGCACCCUUCAGGCGAUCAAUAUCUUGGCCAUCUUCGAGAUCCUAUCCGGGUAUGAGCGUAGUCUGGACGCUUGGAGAGACCAUAUCAAAGGGGCUGCAUCACUAUUACAGCUACGGGGUCCAGAGCAAUUCAAAACACACACUGGAUGCCGCCUAUUCAUGCAGACGACCGCCAACCUGGCCAUCGCCUGCCUAGCCCGCAGACUGCCAAUGCCACCACACGUCCUCGCCAUGCAAAAAGUCGCCGCACAAUUCGUGCCCAACCCCAACGACUCCGUCUGGCGCUUCCACUGCAACUCGAUCCGCACCGUCGACCUCCACGCUCGUCUCCUCCCGGGCAACAGACCCCGAACCCCCCUCGAAGCCAAAGAAAUCCUCACGCACGCCCUGGACAUCUUCCAGGAAUUCACCCACACCCUCGACACGGCCCCGGAGGACUUCAAACCCACUCUCGUCCACGACAAGGGCCCCACCAUCUACGCCGGAUACUACUACGUCUUCCGCACGUCUCUCGUCACGCAAAUGUUCUGCGCCAUGUGCUCCUACCGCAUCCUCCUCAUCGACAUCAUCCGCAAGGCCCUCACGGCUGGCUCCGCAGACCCGGACUUCUCCCUCCGCCACGAGGAAUUCGAACAGAUCCAGGAAUCGCUCAAUUUCAAGGAACACCUCCAACUCGCCGUCCUGGCGUCCAUCCCGCAACACUUCCAUGCCCCCUCGAACAACCACCCUCCGGACUCGCCCUCCCAGAAAGAUGCUCUCUGGAGUAACUUCUCCUCGGCGGAUUACAUCCCCUUCAAAACCGCCGAACGACGCGCUCCGGAUCUGCCGUUCGUGCGGAUGGCGGGUGGGUAUAUGAUUCAAUUUCCCCUGUUCACGGCCGGGGCGGCGGAUCCUCCAGGGGGAGCGAUACGGGGCUGGACGGUGGGCAUGUUGAGAUUGCUGGGGCAGACGAUGGGAAUGAGGCAUGCUUUUGUGCUGGCGGAUUUGCUGGAGGAGGGGAACGGUGGGGCCUUGGUGCCUUGA